AUGAUAUGUCCUGACCCGUUGAAGUGGCCAAGUGAGUCAUGGAAAGAUGCACAAGAUGUGGAAGCAAUUCUAAGGUUUGCGAAGUUCUGGAGCUUUGUGGCGACGGCCCUUGUCGUGGCAGCUCUCCCGAACGACACGGACACGGACCCGACAUGCAAGCAGGAGGAUGGUGCUACGGAGUUGCUACAGAUCGCCAGCGGUGACGGGAAGCUGCCCAGGGAAGUCGUGAUUUGCAGGCCUUACCACGGACCAGAAGUGUGUUCAAUGUUGGAGAUGAAGGACACCAAUGGCGCAACCGGGGCCCAAGGCUGGCCAAUUCUUCAGCCUUCGCAGCCCAACGGCCCCUUGGAGGACCCUCUCGCACUGACGCCGGAGCAGGCGAAUCUCAAGGCGGCCCAGAUGGAAUGGAGCCUCUUGCAGAUUCGUGAGGACAUCGAGGCCUGCUUGGUGGGGAAGAAGAAGUCCUACUACCAGACCCAGCGAUUCCCUCGCAACACUUGGGGCUGGCCACGCCGCCACUGGUGA